GUCGCCAUCUCAAGCCAGUUAAUCGUGCACAUUACCCCAGAGUGGUGUCGUGGUUGUCUCGAGAGAGCUUUGUGUGUUUUGUUGUCACUUUGCCAUUCAACUGGGAGAAAGUUUUUAUUUCUGUGUUCCUUUUGUAUACCAAAAACAAACACCAAAAGAAAACAACAAAAUCCACAACGAAACAAAAAUUAAAAAACAAAAGACAUGGUCAAAUGGAAUUGUAGCUUUUGGCUACUUCUAGCAUUGACUUCACUCUUCUUCGUGCUUCUCCUCCUACCAUCGCCAACUCAAGGCUACGAUCCGAAUGAUAUAAAAAUCGCAGCUGUACUUCCGCCCGAGGGUAUGUUCGAGGCUUUCUAUCCGCGCGAAGUAGACGGAGUGCCCAACGGCUCGUCGAGGCCAGCCCAUGGUCAUGGCAGUUUCUUCAAGCACCGUAAUCCAGCUCUGGUUGAUACGAAAAAUGCUGCAGCCUAUGGCUACCGCUUCGAUGGCAAGAGAAGGUUCAAUUUUGAUUGAUAAAAUGGCUUAGAAGAAAAAAAUAAAAUUCUUUGAUUCUUUUUUCUAAAAAGCGUUUUUAA